CACAAUCGUGAUCCAUCCCUGAUCAGAUUAAGAUCUCCACUAUAUACAUUGUGGUUUGGUUUGUUAAAAUGUCAACAAUCUCGUAGACCGUAUGUCAAUAAAUUGCGGUACGGUUGUAAAAGAGAGACAUCAGUCACAAAUAAUUUCACGAAAAAUUGUUACUUAAAAGAGUGUUUAGAAAAUUACUUUAACAUCUAUUUAAACACCGACGUUUUCUAAAAAUUACUUUCUUGCGAUACUUCUGUUUUGAACACAAGAUAUUAAAAUAUGGACAGGCCAAUAGCAGCGGAUGUAGUAAUAAUAACAGGCAACUCUCAUCCCGAAUUAGCUAAUUUAAUUGCUGAUCGUUUAGGAGUGAAAACUGGGGGUUGUGCAGUCUAUUAUAAAACAAAUCGGGAGACCAUGGUUGAGAUUGGCGAUUCUGUCAGAGGCAAGGAUAUAUAUAUUAUACAAACUGGAACAAAAGAUGUUAACAACAAUAUUAUGGAGUUACUUAUCAUGGCUUAUGCGUGUAAAACAUCAUCAGCAAAAAACAUUGUUGGUGUAAUUCCAUAUUUACCAUAUUCCAAGCAAUGUAAAAUGCGUAAACGCGGUUGCAUUGUGUCAAAAUUACUAGCAAAAAUGAUGUGUAAAAGUGGAUUAACUCAUGUGAUAACCAUGGAUUUACAUCAAAAGGAAAUUCAAGGAUUUUUCGAUUGCCCAGUUGAUAACUUAAGAGCUAGUCCUUUCUUGUUACAAUAUAUUCAAGAAUCGAUACCUGACUAUCGUGACUCGGUCAUCGUAGCAAGAAAUCCAGGUAGCGCGAAAAAGGCAACCAGUUAUGCAGAGCGCUUAAGACUUGGAAUUGCCGUUAUACACGGUGAGCAAAGAGAAGCAGACACUGACAUGAAUGACGGACGUAACUCUCCGCCUGCUUCAUUAUCUUUAAGAACAAUGGAAGUUGGUGUGGGAGUUCCAAUUCACCCUGCUAAAGAAAAGCCGCCCAUAAAUGUUGUUGGAGAUGUUAGUGGAAAGAUCGCAAUUAUGGUAGAAGAUAUGGUAGACGAUGUACAAUCCUUUGUUGCUGCUGCAGAAGUUCUUAAAGAACGUGGAGCCUAUAAAAUUUAUAUUUUAGCCACUCAUGGUUUACUCAGUUCUGAUGCUCCUAGGCUUAUUGAAGAGUCACUAAUCGAUGAGGUUGUUGUAACCAAUACAAUACCUCAUGAACUACAAAAAAUGCAAUGUCACAAAAUAAAAACUGUAGACAUUAGUAUUUUACUAGCGGAGGCAAUUCGUCGAAUACACAAUAAAGAGUCUAUGUCUUAUCUUUUUAAAAAUGUUACCAUGGAGGAUUAAACUUUUUGUCAUUAUAUUUAAAUAAAAAGAAUUUACUGUUGUAUCAUUUGUAAGCACAUUACACUUUCAAUUCUCUUUUCAAAAAAAAAUGUUACCUUGAAAAAUUAAGCUGUUUGUGAUUAUAUUUUAAAAUCAAAACUUGUUAAUGACGAUAAUGCUGAUUUUUCUUUUUAUUACCAUCCGUAAACUGUGUAAAUAUUUUUUAAAAAAAUGUUACUUUUUUGCAUAUGUGUCUUUGUCUGUUAAAAAUAACACGAAGAAACCUUUGUGUCAUCUACUCGAUUGAGACCGGUGCGUCAGUGCCUUAUAGUGACAAAAAAAUUUAGGUUAUGUUUGUGAUUUUUAGAUUGAAAAUACACAAAGAGGAUCAACUCUUAAUACAAACCACUGAUGUUUAUGUAUUUAUGAGAUCCAAAAUAUUUAAUAGAAACUGAUUUUGAUUUUACAUAUUUACAAAUGAACAUUUAAUCAAGCUCAAAAUAUCAUUAGACAUAAACUAAAACUUUUUGCUUUUAAGGUCACUUUUCUCGUGGAGCGUCACAUAAAACAUAUUUUCAAAAUUUUAAAUAAAAGAUGUUUAUUUAAGUCAUCAAUUUCGCUUAAAAGGAGGUUUUAUGUGUCGCUGUUUACGAAUCUAACAUUAAAUUCUUAAUCAGACAUCCACAAAAUCCCUAAAUAAUAAGUUUCCAGCGAAAGGGAUAAAUUUUUAAAAAAUCUUCCGCCAUAAAAGUGAAAAAUGAUUUUUUGGACCUUAAGUCCCUUUUAUUUUAGCAAACCAAGGCACAUAUUGUUAAAAACUAGAAAAUAUAGUUAUUUAUUUUCGUCUCAAGUGGAGAUGGAGCCAAAAUACAAAUAAAAGAAUAUAUAUGUUUUAAUUGA